AUGGAGGAAAAGGUGCUUCAGGACUUGGAGCUUGCGGAGCUAACCGCCGUGGCCCCCGUGGAUGGUCGCUACCGGAAGAACACAAAGGGCUUGGCCGAGUAUGUCUCGGAGUUCGGCCUCAUCAGAUACCGCGUACAUGUUGAGAUCGAGUACUUCCUAGCGCUCAUGACCCAGCUGCCAGUCGGCAAGGACCUGCCAGCAGGCACGGCUGAGAAGCUGCGGGCCAUCCCGGCGAAACUCACCGUCGAGGAUGCCAAGGAGAUCAAGGACACAGAGAAGGUGACGAACCACGACGUGAAGGCUGUGGAAUACUUCAUCAAGAAGCGCUUCGACGAAUUGGGCCUUGAGAAGUACAAG